AUGCCUCGUGUUUGUUUAUUUGAUCUAUUACCUGUUGAAUUAUUACAAAUGUUAUUUAAUUACUUUUUAGCACAUGAAAUUUUUCUUAGUUUUUCUGAUAUUAGUGAUUAUGUUAAUGAUGCUCUACGUUCUUAUUUUAAAUAUCAAUUGGAUUUAAAAUCAAUAGAAAAAUCUCAAUUGAAUUUUGUUUACCAUCGUAUUCGACCUGAACAAAUUAUUUCAUUAACACUCUCUCAUGACAAUGAUGUAUCUCAUUUAUCUAUGAAUUUCUUAUCUGUUUUUCGACUUGAACAAUUCAUUCGAUUACGAUCAAUUACAUUCAUUGAUAUCAAAUAUGAAUUCAUAGAACCAAUUUUUAAUGAUUUACAUAAACUAUUGGAAUUACAUUCGCUUUCAUUUGAUAUUGAAAAGAUAAAAUAUAAAUAUGAAAUAUUCAAUAUUAAUUUUUCAACAAAAUUCAAUCGAUUAAAUUCGUUUUUAUAUAAUGUAUUCACUCAAAUACUACCUCGACUAACGUGUAUACAUUUAAACAAUGGAAAUCUUUUGAAAUCGAUAUCAUUACCUUAUCUUCAUCAUUUAAAACUUAAAAAAUGUUCACUUGAUCAAUUUGAAGGAAUUUUUCAAUAUGCACCACAACUUAAAUCACUUGAUGUUUGUCUACGAUUUGAGAAUCAAUUUUCUCAGAUCAUCAUAUCAUCAUCUCAAUUAAUUCGAUUUAGUCUAACAAUUGAGAAUUAUUCUAUAUCAAUGAAUCAAUUGAAGCAAAUGCUACUAAAUUUACCUUAUCUCAAAUAUUUUGAAGUGAAUGCUAAUGGUAGAAAUCUUGCUGAUGGACAGCAAUGGCAAAUAUUAACUAGAAAUCUUAUUACAUUUAAUUUUAAAUUUAAUACAGAUCUUGAUCGAAAUGAACUAGAUCUACAUUCAUUUCGUACACAAUAUUGGCUCGAAGAAAAAUGUUGGUUUGUAGCAUAUCAAAAUAAUUGUCUAUUUUCAGUUCCUCGAAUUGUAUCAACUCACGUCAUAAUAUCUUCUUCUACAUAUGUCUAUACUACAGCAUCGGAUAUAACAUAUAUCAAUGAGAAUAUAAAGAAAUUGAUUGUCAAAGCAAUACCUAUUCAAAAUCAAAUUCGAUAUACAGAUAUUGAAAUAUUAAAUCUUCAAUGUUCAAUUUCAUAUGAAGAACUUAUGUUUAUUAUAGAUUUAAGACAAGUAAAACAUUUAUUUAUAUUAUCAUUAGAUGAUCUAUUAAAAUUUAUACCACUCGAACAAAUACUUCCUUGUAUAAGUAAAUUAACAAUCUUAAAUGAUUUGACUAUGAAUAUGAUUAAACAAAUGAGAUAUUAUCAAUUUGAACAGAUUCAUGAACUUGAUAUAAGUCUUAGUUAUGAAAACAAAAACUAUAUCAUGAAAGAAAUAGUUUAUAUAUUUCCAUUUAUUAAACAAAUUUCAUAUAGAAAUUAUAUUCAUUCAAUACAAGAUAUAGUUCAUUUUAUUUAUGGAUUUAGAUAUUUACGAAGUACAUAUUUUUAUACUUAUUUGAUAUUUCCUAAUAUCGAACGAAAUAUUUAUCUCAAUCGAAAAUUUCCUAUUGAUAUUACCUGGCAACUUCUUGAAGAUAAUGAUUUUUUAUAUCAUAUUUUUUCUUCAUCCAAUUGUAAAUCAAUUAAAAUUUCAGUGAGAUUAACUUUUACAAUGUAG